AUUUCCUGGUAUGUUUCGUUCGUGUACCGAUGUCAGAUGAGAUCAUGAGUGGGAACUGAGGUUGAAGAUAUUGUUUUCCCUCAUUAUAUAUGCAUUAGAUUAAUAUGUUUUACGGCGUGACCGUGUUUGAGGGCGAAGCAAACAAAUUUUGGCAUUAGUAUCUAUAUCCAAAACAGAACCAAAACAACCCGAAGUUAGCACGAGGACGGAGCUGUAUCAAAGCAUCCUAAUUUUGGAUAUUUGAUCCGCCUAUAUAUUGAACGCGGGAAAUAUAACGCAAUUGAUGUAAACAGUACAUUGUGACGUCAUAUUCAGCGUCGUUUUUUAGCAAAUUUACAAACAUAGCGUUUGAACCACAACAACAAACAUGGCGUUAAUGGUGGAGUGAUUAUAUAUGAUUAAGAAAAUAAGAUUUACAUGCUUUUACGAAUUUUAUGUAACAUCUCAGAACGACGUGAACUAGGGUAGACGAGAUUCAAAAUGGAGAAAUACAUGUCCACGCGAUAGUAUUCGAAUCAACGUCAUUAGUACCAAAAUUUUCAAGUUCCAUAGGUAUGGUUUAAUUUUUCAUUGUUUUCCUAUAUUUUCCUUUUAAACAUGUAUAUAUAUGUGUUACCUAUAGGGAGAGCUCCGCUCUCACGGCCCUUCGGGCCGUGAGAGGGCUUCGCCCUCUACUAAUUUAUUUUAUCAGUACUAAUAUGUCUUACGACGUGACCGUGUUUGAGAGCGAAGCAAACAAUAUUGGCAUUAGUAUCUAGAUCCACAAGAGGACUUAAAAUAUCCCGAAAUAUUAGCACCUAACGUGUGAGAGCAGAGCUCAGUCAAAGUAUCUAAAUUUAGACAUUUUAAAAUGAUUUUUGAUCCGCCUAUUUAUUGAACGCGGGAAACUCUAUGCAACUGAUGUAAACAGUGCAUUGCCCCUGUGUUGUGACGUCAUAUUCAGCGUCUGUGUUUAGCAAAUUUUUUAUACACAAACAAAGGAGACAUGGCACAAUUCACGCUAACUGAGGAGUGAUUUUAUAUGAUUUAGAAAAAAAAAGAUUUACAUGCUUUUACGGAUUUUAUGUAACAUCUCAGAACCACGUGAACUAGGGUAGACGAGAUUCGAAAUGGAGAAAUACAUGUCCACGCGCUAGUAUUCGAAUUAAUGUCAUUGGGACCAAAAUUUUCAAGUUCCAUAGCUAUGGUUGAAUUUUUCAUCAGUUUUCUAUAUUUUCCUUUUAAACAUGUAUAUAUGUGUUACCUAUAGGGAGAGCUCCGCUCUCAUGGCCCUUCGGCUUCGCCCUCUAUAAAGUAACCAGUUACAAUUGGAUAUUUCUUUGAAAAGUCAGCUUCUUAGAUUGUCGUACGAUCCACUUUCAAUAUAUACCCCCACACAGCCCAGAACUGGUAGAAGUUAUCAGGUUAUAUUAGAAAUCUUAUUGGUAAAAUUAAUUGUGAAAGCCUGUCAUAUACUGCUAUACUAGAAAAUGAUGAUGAUUGAGGAUCCAAUUUUAGUUGUUUUACAGUUCCUAGCGUUGUAUGUCAUGGGAAAUCAAGAACCCGGGAUCAUGGAUUACGUCCACCUGAGGGGGGUGGAGAUUAUUCAUCAAAUUCAACACACAUUCAGGCACCAUGUGGACCUGAUGCAAAUACUGACACGUGUUGGUGAUCCUAGAUAUGCCUUCCUUAUUUAUUUCCCAUUGGCUUACUGUUUACACCAGGCCACCGGAACAAGAGUUUUGUGGAUUGCCUGUCUGUCUGAAUGGCUGAAUGGAGUCUUGAAAUGGAUACUGCAUGGACAGCGGCCAUAUUGGUGGGUUAAUGAAGUAAAACUACACGACAAUGUUCUAAACAUUCCUUCUCUGGAACAAUACAGUCUCACCUGUGAAACAGGACCAGGUAGUCCUUCAGGACAUGCUAUGGUCACUUCAGCUGUGCUGUAUUCCAUUGGAACAUCUUUCAUGCAACAUGGAAUUCAACAGGCAAAAGCUGUAGAGCGUGUGUUAGUCUGGGUAUCUUUUACAGUGGUACUUGUAGCUGUGAAUGUAUCCAGGCUAUUCAUAGCAACACAUUUUCCACACCAGGUAGUAGCAGGAUCGCUGACUGGGAUAUUAUUAGCAGAGGUUGUCAAACAUGAAUACACAUCUGGUCUCACUUUCAAGCAUUAUGCGAUAUGGUGCAUUGUGUUGGUGAUUGGGGUGUGUGUCACAUAUUUUGGAAUAUCCAUUCUCAGUUUGGAUCCUCUUUGGAGCCUCACUCUUGCCAAGAAAUGGUGUGCUAAUCCAGAGUGGGUUCACCCAGAUACAACUCCGUUCUUCACCUUCACAAGAGACGUGUCAUCAUUAUUAGAAUGGAUACCUGAAGCUGUGACUGAGGCAGUAUUUGUAGGCAGACAACCUUUAACAUGGUCACAAUCUUCUAGGACACACGUAAGAGAACACAGUCCUCCACAGUCCUUUCCAAAUGAACCAAGAGGACAAGGUGUUUUACAGAAGUCUCCAAAAUAUCCAGUUGUCGCAGCAUGCACUGGAUCCUGCGUCGGUCCUGAAUAUACAUCACAUGGGAAUUACAGAAAAUAAAUCUUUUUUUGUUUU